CGACAGAGAGCCACAAAACUCUAUUGCCCUCCGGAAGAAUCAGCAAUGGCAGCGGCGAAUGUUAAUACAAAGACGUAAGCGAGAGCCGCACCGGAGUCUACGUGGAGACGGUCAGCUGCUUAUCGCCGGUAAAAAGCGUGCCGCAAAUUCCGUCCACUAUAUAUCUCUCGUAUUUGCCAGAGAUAAGGGUCCGGCCCCUUACGCUAUAGUAUCCGAGCUCUAAAUUAUCUCUCACGUAUUCAAUGAACAAAUUCCUCAAAUACAUCUUUAUUGCGUACUUGGUUGCCAACUACAAGCAGAUUCCCGGUGCCUACUUUGUGAGGUUCUACUGGACAUGUCUCCGGAGCUUUGGGUUCCAGCGAUUCAGAAAAACUUAUCCAUUGGCCAAUUCACGCGGGGUGGGCUCCCAUAAGUUGGAUUUGUUCCGCCCCUCUAUCUUCAAGACCAUGUGCUCGGUCUGGGAGAUUGACAUGUACUUGCACAAGGGCAACUCCACGUACUUUACCGAAUUGGACAUGGCGAGAACGCAGCUUCUCGGACAGCAGUUACAGGUGUUUAUGAACAAGUGUGAGAUCAACCAUUCUGGCGAAUUCAAGACCAAAUCUAUGAAGAACUGGCCGUGGUUCCCUGUUGCGGCGGUGGAAUGUGUGUUCAAAAACGAAAUCAAGGCGUUUCAGAAGUACGAGAUUCAGAGCCGGAUCUUUGCGUGGGACAAAAAGUGGUUCUUCAUCCUUUCCAAGUUUGUAUCGUACAAAAAGGAUAAAGAGGGGAAGCAGACCGAAGUGCUCCACACCGUCUGCAUCACAAGAUACGUCAUGAAGAACGGCAGAAAGACCAUCAGGCCCCAGGAAGCGUUCGAAGCCUCGGGCUUGUGGAACGAGGAAGUGGAGAGACUCAACCGUGAGGUGUAUCUUCCGCUUGUGGAGCACAGAAUUGAUACCGAUGCGUUGUUUAACAUGGAUAUGACGUUGCCACAGUAAAUGCCAGGAUGUAAUAUUUAAUAAGGAAAGCUGGAAGUUGCAGGUCAGUAGAGGUGAUUGAUGGCCAUUUGGUUCGGUUUAACCUGAAAGCUGGAACAAUAAACUGAAAUAUGAUUAUUUUUGUAGGAUAAAUCGAGGAAAG